AUGUCUUUGCCAUUUUAUCAGAAGCUCCACCAGCACUAUGACAGCAGCUACCGCAAUAAGGACCUUCGCACCACCAUGAGCCACUACCAGCAGGAGAAGAAAAGUUCUGCCAUCUACACCCACGGCUCCACGGCCUACAGCAGCCGGUCCUCUGCCGCACACCGCCAGGAAUCUGAGGCCUUCAGCCAGGCGUCUGCUGCCUCGUACCAGCAGCAGGCCUCUCGGGCCACUGCGUCCACCCAUGCAUCUGCAGCCAGUCGGAAGACAGCCUCAGCCUAUGAUUAUGGCUACUCCCAUGGACUUACAGAUUCCAGUCUGAUGUUAGAAGAUUAUUCAUCCAAGUUGAGCCCCCAACCAAAGAGAGCCAAGAAAAGCCUUCUGUCUGGGGAGGAGAAGGAAAAUCUGCCAAGUGACUAUAUGGUGCCCAUUUUCUCCGGACGUCAAGUACAUGUCAGUGGAAUUACAGAUACAGAAGAAGAAAGAAUUAAAGAAGCUGCUGCCUAUAUAGCCCAAAGGAAUCUUCUUGCUAGUGAAGAAGGAAUCAUAGCAUCCAAACAGUCCACAGCAUCCAGACAAUCCACAGCAUCCAAACAGUCUGCAGUAUCCAAACAGUCCGCAGUAUCCAAACAUUCUACAGCAUCCAAAGAGUCCGUGGUAUCCAAACAUUCUGCAGUAUCCAAACGGUCCACAGCAUCCCAAGAGUCUACGUCUAGUCUUCACCAGGAGGAAGCUUUUGAGAAGAAGUCAAGGAAAGUUGCAAUUCGAGAGAAGGCAGAACGCCUGUCGCUGACAAAAACAUUAGAAGAAACUGAAGCAUUUCAUAGAAAGUUGAAUGAAGAUCAUCUUCUCCAUGCUCCUGAAUUUGUCAUUAAACCUCGUUCCCACACUGUUUGGGAAAAAGAAAAUGUAAAAUUACAUUGCUCUGUAUCCGGCUGGCCAGAACCUCGUGUCACAUGGUAUAAAAACCAGGUGCCAAUAAAUGUCCACGCAAACCCUGGAAAGUACAUUAUUGAGAGUCGAUAUGGAAUGCAUACUCUGGAGAUCAAUGCAUGUAAUUUUGAAGACACUGCCCAGUACCGGGCUUCAGCGAUGAAUGUUAAAGGAGAGCUUUCAGCAUAUGCUUCGGUUGUCGUAAAGAGAUAUAAGGGAGAGUUUGAUGAGACUCGCUUCCAUGCUGGGGUUUCCACCCUGCCCCUCAGCUUUGCUGUGACCCCUUAUGGUUAUGCGUCCAAGUUUGAGAUCCACUUUGAUGACAAGUUUGACGUGUCUUUUGGGAGAGAGGGCGAGACGAUGAGUCUAGGCUGCCGUGUAGUUAUCACUCCUGAAAUUAAGCAUUUCCAGCCAGAGAUCCAGUGGUACAGAAAUGGAGCACCUGUUUCUCCAUCAAAAUGGGUACAAACACACUGGAGUGGAGAUAGAGCAACGCUGACGUUUUCUCAUCUCAACAAAGAAGAUGAAGGCCUCUACACGAUCCGUGUGCGAAUGGGAGAAUAUUAUGAACAAUAUAGCGCUUAUGUCUUUGUUCGCGAUGCUGAUGCAGAGAUUGAAGGAGCCCCAGCUGCUCCCUUAGACGUGAUGUGCUUGGAUGCCAACAAAGAUUAUAUCAUCAUCUCUUGGAAACAGCCAGCUGUGGAUGGAGGGAGUCCUAUUCUGGGAUAUUUUAUUGAUAAGUGUGAGGUGGGCACAGAUAGCUGGUCUCAAUGCAAUGACACACCUGUGAAGUUUGCUCGUUUUCCAGUCACUGGGUUGAUAGAAGGUCGUUCUUACAUAUUCCGAGUUCGAGCUGUGAAUAAAACUGGAAUAGGUCUACCAUCUAGAGUUUCUGAGCCCGUGGCUGCUCUGGAUCCAGCUGAGAAAGCUAGACUGAAAAGUCGCCCUUCAGCACCCUGGACUGGACAGAUCAUUGUCACUGAAGAAGAACCUUCAGAGGGUAUUGUUCCUGGGCCCCCCACAGACCUCUCUGUCACAGAGGCCACCCGGAGCUAUGUGGUGCUAAGUUGGAAGCCCCCUGGCCAGCGUGGCCACGAGGGCAUUCUGUACUUUGUGGAAAAGUGUGACGCAGAGACAGAAAACUGGCAGCGGGUGAACACAGAGCUCCCUGUGAAGUCUCCCCGCUUUGCUCUCUUCGACCUGGCUGAAGGGAAAUCCUACCGCUUCCGCGUCCGCUGUUCUAACUCGGCAGGAGUGGGUGAGCCCUCAGAGGCAACGGAAGUGACCGUGGUAGGGGAUAAACUUGAUUCCAGUGUCAUUUCUCAAGUCAUUAUGCCUUCCCUGGUAUGCAGGGAAGCAGUAACUAGGCCUCUAUUUACUUGCCAUGGACUGGCAACUGGCCAGAGUUAUAUCUUCCGGGUCAGAGCAGUUAAUGCAGCUGGACUUAGUGAAUAUUCACAGGAUUCAGAAGCGAUUGAAGUAAAAGCUGCUAUAGGGGGAGGAGUGUCUCCAGAUGUGUGGCCUGAACUGAAUGAUACACCUGGUGGACUAACAGACUCCAGGGGAGGCAUGCAUGAAGCCUCCCGGCCAACCUUUAAGAAAGAUGCUUUGCUUGGUAGCAAACUUAACAAACCUUCACUACCCAGUAGCGCUCACAACCUGGGCCAAACAGAAGUGAGUAAAGUAAGUGAAACAGUUCAGGAAGAGCUUACCCCAUCACCACAGAAGGCAGCUCUUAAGGGGAAAAGUAAGUCUGACCCUCUGAAAAAGAAGAAGGACAUAGCGGCACCAUCUCCACCCUAUGAUAUCACUUGUCUUGAAAGUUGUCGUGACUCGAUGGUUCUUGGAUGGAAGCAACCAGAUAAGAGUGGAGGGGCUGAAAUUACUGGCUAUUAUGUGAACUAUCGUGAGGUAAUUGACGGGGUACCGGGAAGAUGGAGAGAAGCCAACAUCAAAGCUGUCAGUGAUGAGGCAUAUAAGAUUAGCAACUUGAAGGAAAACAUGGUGUAUCAGUUCCAAGUGGCAGCCAUGAACAUUGCUGGGUUGGGAGUGCCCUCAGCAGUAAGUGCAUGCUUCAAAUGUGAAGAGUGGACCAUUGCUGUUCCAGGACCCCCACACAGUGUCAAGUGUAGUGAAGUCAGGAAAACCUCCCUAGUUCUGCAGUGGAGGCCUCCGAUCCACUCUGGAAGGACUCCAGUCACUGGUUACUUUGUGGACUUGAAGGAGGCCAGUGCCAAAGAUGACCAAUGGCGAGGACUCAAUGAGGCAGCUAUUAAAAACACGUACCUGAGGGUGCAAGGCCUCAAGGAGGGUGCCAGCUACGUGUUCCGUGUCCGAGCCAUAAAUCAGGUGGGUGUUGGCAAGCCGUCUGACCUUGCUGGGCCUGUUGUGGCAGAAACCCGUCCAGGAACCAAAGAGGUUGUUGUAAAUGUGGAUGAUGAUGGCGUAAUUUCAUUGAAUUUUGAAUGUGAUCAGAUGACUCCAAAUUCUCAGUUCAACUGGUCCAAAGAUUAUGUAUCCACUGAGGGCUCUCCACGAUUAGACGUUGAGAGCAAAGGCAACAAGACGAAAAUGACCUUCAAGGACCUUGGGACGGAAGACAUAGGUAUUUACUCCUGCGAUGUAACAGACACGGAUGGGAUAGCGUCAAGCUACCUGAUAGAUGAGGACGAGUUGAAACGUUUACUAGCUCUCAGCCAAGAACACAAGUUCCCAAUUGUUCCAGUUAAGUCAGAGUUGGCAGUUGAAAUUUUGGAGAAAGGCCAGGUUCGGUUCUGGAUGCAGGCUGAGAAGCUAUCUGCCAACACCAAGGUCACCUACAUAUUUAACGACAAGGAGAUUUUUGAAGGGCCGAAAUAUAAGAUGCAUGUUGACCGAAACACUGGCAUAAUUGAAAUGUUCAUGGAAAAGCUACAGGAUGAGGAUGAGGGCACAUACACUUUCCAGCUUCAAGAUGGAAAAGCAGUUGGCCAUUCUACUCUUGUUCUCAUUGGAGAUGUUUAUAAAAAGCUCCAGAAAGAAGCUGAAUUCCAGCGGCAAGAAUGGAUCAGGAAACAAGGUCCUCAUUUUGCUGAGUAUUUGAGCUGGGAAGUGACUGGUGAAUGUAAUGUACUAUUGAAAUGCAAGGUGGCAAAUAUUAAGAAGGAGACUCAUAUUGUGUGGUACAAAGAUGAAAGAGAGAUAUCAGUGGAUGAAAAGCAUGACUUUAAGGAUGGCAUAUGUACACUGCUUAUAACAGAGUUUUCCAAGAAAGAUGCUGGGAUUUAUGAAGUUAUCCUGAAAGACGACAGAGGAAAAGAUAAGAGCAGACUGAAGCUUGUGGAUGAAGCCUUUAAAGAACUAAUGACUGAAGUAUGUAAGACAAUAGCUUUGUCUGCUACAGACCUGAAAAUCCAGAGCACAGCCGAGGGCAUACGGCUGUACUCUUUUGUUACUUACUAUCUGGAUGAUCUGAAAGUUAACUGGUCCCACAACGGGACUGCUAUUAAGUACACAGACAGAGUUAAGAGUGGGGUCACCGGGGAGCAGAUCUGGCUGCAAAUCAAUGAGCCCACUCCGAAUGACAAAGGGAAGUAUGUAAUGGAGCUCUUUGAUGGCAAAACUGGACACCAAAAGACAGUGGAUCUUUCUGGACAAGCAUAUGAUGAAGCCUUUGCUGAAUUCCAGAGAUUAAAACAAGCUGCUAUUGCAGAGAAAAAUCGUGCCCGAGUGCUGGGUGGUCUCCCCGAUGUGGUCACCAUCCAGGAAGGCAAGGCGCUUAAUCUCACCUGCAUCGUGUGGGGUGACCCGACUCCAGAGGUGUCCUGGCUGAAGAACGAGAAGCCUCUGGUCACAGAUGACCACUGCAGUGUCAAGUUUGAGGCUGGCAAGACGGCCUACUUCACCAUCAGUGGGGUGAGCACCACCGACUCCGGCAAAUACGGGCUGGUUGUGAAGAACAAGUAUGGCUCGGAGAUAAGCGACUUCACUAUCAGUGUGUUCAUCCCAGAGGAGGAGGCAAGGAAGGCCACUGAGCAGCCCCAGAAAGGCAACAAGAAGUCCAAGUGA